GACAACGCUUUCUUUUUUCUUCUUCGUCUGUAAUUUUCCGAAAGAAAUUGACAGCAACAACAACAACAACAUUUAUAAAUAAAUACCCAUCAUCAACUGAUCACUUUCUCUUUGCUGGUUGUCAUUAUAUAACACAGGUGAAAACGUUGCCGAUACGCUUUUUUACCAGAGAGAAGAGAAAGAAAAAGAUAAAAACCGUACGUAACGCGACAAUUGCUGCUGUGGGGUUUGGCUUUGUCUCGACUAUACGCCCCACCUGCUGUUGCAUAUGCACUUUUUAACGACUUUUUUCCACCUUAAAAUAUUACACUUCAUCAGGAAGAUGAGCGGCGGCCCGGUACUACGGAAUUCCAAAUGGAAGAAAGGGCACGAGUCUAAAAAUAAAACGCCCAGGGCCAAUCACUUCUUUGCUGUCCAAAUUUCGGAUUGUCAGAUCGUGGAAGCAGUCCACAACGUUCACAGGACCAUAUUGGAGCAGGAACCCGAGUUGAGCAGCGCCCUGGUGUCUCCAUCAACUCUCCACAUCACACUGGCAGUUGCACACCUGUCCAGCCCAGAGGAUUUGGUCAGGGCCAAUCAGGUUCUGGAGGAAACGGUGAGAGUCUUCUCGACUUCCAGACUACAAACUCAACAGCUGGACCUCCACUUGGAACAGGUUGGCCACUUUGACAACAAAGUCAUCUACGCCAGUGUGAAAGAAGAAAGUGAAGGCACAGAGCACCUGAAUCAUCUUUCCAAAUCGUUACGUGAACGUUGCCAAACGGCCGGCCUCACGCUAAUAGACGGGGACAGAUUCACGCCGCACGUAACUCUCCUCAAAUUGUCCAAAGAUCCCAGCCUUAAUCGAAAAGGGAUCAAGGCUGUGGCCUCCCAUUUGUACGAAAAACACGUUGAUUGCGUCUUCGGUCGACAGGUGGUUGAGAGCGUUCAGUUGCUGUCGAUGACAGAUCCCAAGGACGAAAAAGGCUACUACGCUCUUAAAGGCGAAUUCCAUUUCGGAACGGCAGCAGCAGCAGAUGAGAUAAGAACAGCAGCGAGACUCGAUCAAAGAAGAUGCAGUACUACCAAACUCCCCUGCUGAGAUCUACGACCGUUUCAACGGGAAUGUAGGGGCCGAGUGCAACAGCCCAUAACGCAGUGGUUGGGCUCAUGUUACGACCGUUGCCUUUUUGCCCAUCUUCCCAAUUACCAUUCCGGCUUUCAGCCAGAUAUACUACAGUGUGUGUAUGCAUGCGAGUACAAAUGAGUUCCACGUGUUUUCUUUAUGGCGCAUUUCCUUUGGCGAAAUGCUGCAUCACAGUGUGCAUCUUCCCUAUGCAUAUUUCUUUCCCCCUGUGUACUUUUGAUGGCUCGUUUCGAAUAACUUUUACCAAAUUUGCCUGCGUUUCUUUUUGUAUGUUUUGACCCGUCGUGUUAUUUUCUUCUUUAAAUAACAAUAUGUUAACCAGGAGACGUACUGGUAAUAAAAAUUCUGAUGACACGGUA